AUGGAUGUCUAUCGUAUAUAUCAAGCUGUUUUACGCUUACCAUAUGCUGUUUCAUUACUGAAUCAAUACACGGGAUCCAAACGAUCAACAGUUUACGAAUGUCUUAUAACACCUUUACAAAAAGCCACGGAUAACUUUAUUCUGUUUAAAGAUCUAGUGGAAUCCAACAUAGAUUUGGACUAUGUUAACCAACGAAAUGAGUUCAUUAUUCGUGCUGAUAAAGAUCCGUUGCUACAAGAAAUAAGGAAUAAAUUAGACAAUUUGGAGGAAAGAAUUCGGGAUGAAUUUAGACGUUGUGCAAAAAAGCUGAACUUGGAACAGAAUAAAUCUAUCAAGUUGGAAAGCAAUGAGCUACAUGGAUAUUUUAUGCGUGUCACACUCAAGGAUGAGAAAUGUUUAAGAGGAUUUGAAACAUUUGAAAUUUUGGACACACAAAAAGGUGGUGUACGUUUUCGUAAUAACCAAAUGACUUUAUUAAAUGAAACUUAUGCUGAAGUGAAACAAGAAUAUAAUGGAUUACAAGAAGUGGUUGUACAUCAAGUUGUUUGUGCCGCAGCUACUUAUUUAGAGCCUAUUAAUCAAUUGAAUUCAACCACUGCGUUUUUAGAUGUUAUUGUUAGCCUUUCUAUCGCAGCUAUCUCGUCUUCAGGCGUAUCGUAUAUUCGUCCGAAAAUUCUCUCUAAAGAUUAUGGUCAUAUUAUUUUAAAAGGAGCACGUCAUCCAUGUUUGGAAAUGCAAGAUCGAGUCAGUGUUAUUCCAAAUGAUGUACAUCUUGAACGUGGUAAACAAAUAUUCCUAAUUAUUACUGGUCCGAAUAUGGGUGGCAAGUCAACUUUUAUACAUAGUGUUGCCGUUAUUGUUGCUAUGGCCCAAAUUGGCAGCUUUGUUCCGUGUUCAUACGCAGAAAUUAUGCCAGUCGAUGCUAUCAUGGCACGUGUUGGUGCGGCUGAUUAUCAAUGUCGUGGUGUUUCUACAUUUUUAGCAGAAAUGCUUGAAACUUCAGCUGUUUUACGAUCGGUCACGCCAAAUUCACUUGUCAUUAUUGAUGAAUUAGGACGUGGCACAUCAACGUAUGAUGGAUUUGGACUAGCAUGGGCAGUCGCUUCAUUUUUAGCUAGUCCUGAAGUUGGUUGUUUCGGUUUAUUUGCCACACAUUUUCAUGAAUUAACCAGUUUAGCAAAUUAUAUGCCCAAGCGUGUAGCUAAUCUACGAGUUUUAUGCAAUGUAUCAAACACUAAGGGAAUCGUUGAAGAUGAAGAGUCUGAGACAAAAGUUACCAUGUUGUAUAAAGUUGAGCCAGGUGUAUGCAGUCGUAGUUAUGGUCUAGACGUUGCUCGUCUUGCAGGCCUACCUAUGGAAGUAAUUAAACAAGCUGAACACCAAGCAUCUAAAGAUGAAGAGCUUGAAUCAAUUUGGUUGAAAUUAGAUAAAAAAUGCUCUACCAUAUAUGAAGAUGAACUAGACUUUGUUCAUGACUCUCCAGCUGUAUCAAUCGCCAGUGAAUUAUGUCCACGUCUUAUCGCAAUGCUGGAUCACGUCAUAAAAGAAGUUGAACUAAAUAAGAAUUUAUCAAUUAAUAUGAUUAGUUCGACAGUUGCUCAUUUGACGCGUGAACUUUUACUAGAGAAACCAAAUAAUUUACCAAGUGAUUACUUAUUAAAUUUGGUCAAAAAUAAACUAGAAAACAAUAAGAAAAUAUAG